CGCGAGAAAGAGACAAACAUCGUGAAUGUGUUCAAUCUUGAUUGGCAAUGAAGUGUCAUUCAUUAAUUCAUUUCCCAAUAAUGGCCGAAUCUUAAUCUAAAUACGGAUUCGUAAUUCUUAUUAUUGUUCUGUUGCGAAUUUUGUCGUGCAAGUGAUUUCUGUGCAUGUGUUGAAAAGGGAAUAACGCGGAAUGUUUCCGCUUACCCCGCCCGUUGUGAAAAGACUUUUGGGCUGGAAGAAGGGUCCUGAGGGAUCGUCAGCAGCGGAGGACAAAUGGUCAGAAAAGGCAGUUAAGAGUCUGGUUAAGAAGUUGAAAAAGAGUGGAGCUAUUGAGGAGCUAGAAAAAGCUCUAUCGAAUCAAAGCAGCCACACUAAAUGUGUGACUAUACCAAGAGUGAAGCCCAAUGAUAAUAUAUUGAAUGGACAGUACAGGAAGGGUCUGCCGCAUGUAGUUUACUGCAGGCUGUGGCGCUGGCCGCAGCUACAGAGUCAGCAUGAACUAAAGCCAGUUGAUCACUGUGAAUUUGCAUACCAGUUGAAGAAGGACGAAGUGUGCAUCAACCCUUAUCAUUAUAAUAAAAUUGAUUCGCCUCCGUUGCCUCCAAUCCUGGUGCCCCGUUGCCCGGAGAGCGAGAGCCGCGCUCCGCCCCCGUACGACUACCACCAGCCGCACCACGAGCACACGGAUAACAGCGUGAUGCAGAGCGGCGUGGUGAGCGCCCACAGCGCGCUCUACCUCGAGGCGACGCUCGCGCAGCAGGUGCCCGGCAACACCACUGUGCACCUGAGUUCGUCCACAGUGGAGACGCCGCCGCCGGGCUACAUGAGCGAGGACGGCGAUCCGAUGGACCACAACGACAACAUGAACCUAACCCGUCUGAGCCCGAGCUCUCUCGGCGCGGAAACCGCCCCCGUGCUGUACCACGAGCCUGCGUUCUGGUGCAGCAUCAGCUACUACGAGCUGAACACGCGCGUCGGGGAGACGUUCCACGCGUCGCAGCCGUCCAUCACUGUGGACGGGUUCACUGAUCCGAGCAAUAGUGAGCGUUUCUGCCUCGGUCUCCUUUCCAACGUGAAUCGCAACGAAGUCGUCGAACAAACACGCAGACACAUUGGUAAAGGCGUGCGCCUUUACUACAUAGGUGGGGAAGUGUUCGCAGAAUGCCUCAGUGAUUCCUCGAUAUUCGUACAGAGUCCAAAUUGCAAUCAACGCUACGGAUGGCAUCCGGCGACCGUUUGUAAAAUACCGCCAGGUUGCAACCUAAAAAUAUUCAACAACCAAGAGUUCGCUGCACUACUAAGCCAGUCGGUAUCCCAAGGUUUCGAGGCUGUGUUCCAGUUGACACGCAUGUGCACGAUACGCAUGAGCUUCGUGAAGGGAUGGGGUGCGGAGUACAGACGACAAACAGUGACCUCAACUCCGUGCUGGAUCGAGCUGCAUCUCAACGGCCCGCUGCAGUGGCUCGACCGCGUGCUCACACAGAUGGGAUCACCGCCGCUACCAUGCUCGUCCAUGUCCUGAACUGGGUACAUGAGCAUGAGUAGGUAUAUAGUACAUGAGUUUGUAUCACGAGUGGGUAAAUAGUACGUGUAGCUGUAUCAUGAGUGGGUAUAUAGUACAUGUGUCUGUAUCAUGAGUAGAUAAAUAGUACAUGCGUUUGUAUCAUGAGUAGGUAAAUAGAACAUGCGUGCGUAUAUGUUUAUGGAAAAACGCAUGAGUCGGAAAAUAGUACAUGUGUCUGCCAGUUGCAACUGCAUAUAUGUUUAUGGAAAACCACUGCCGUGCUUGUCCAUGUCCUGAGCUGUACGUGUGUACUAGUAUAUAUAUCAUGAGUAGGCAUAUAGUACGUGCGUGACAGUUGCAACUGCGUAUGUGUUUAUUCAAUCUUCAAAAACAUUGCAAUGAGUAAAAAUCUGUAACAACCGUACCAAGAUAGUUUGCCUAUGUACUAUUUAUUACUUGUGUCGGCGACCUAUCUACACGUUUUUACGUAUAAUACCGUCGGUUUGUGCGUGUCCAUGUUUUAGCUGUACGUACUGUUCGAGUUGUACGCACUGUACGUUCUGUACGCACUGUACGUACUGUACAUGCUGUACGCACUGUACGAGUUGUACGCUCUGUACGCACUGUACGAGUUGUACGUUCUGUACGCACUGUACAUGCUGUACGUUCUGUACGCACUGUACGUUCUGUACGCACUGUACGUUCUGUAGGCGCUGUACGCACUGUUCGUGCUGUACGUACUGUACGCACUGUACAUG